CUUCACAACGUUAAACAUCGGCGCGGCUGGUCACGUGACAGCAUCUGCUGCGGCUGCUGGCUGAGCGAAGCGUGUUAGCAGAUUUUUCUAUUUUGUACAUACAUUGUUUUGUAUAUACUGUAAAUGAUGACAUCGGUGGUCAGCAAUCAGGCCCGGGGAAGUCGGGACAGAACGCUGCCUACUACUACACAAACAGCACAGCCACAGAAACAGAUACAGGCCACAGCAGAACAGAUCCGUCUUGCCCAAGUGAUCUAUGACAAAAAUGAUGUUGACUUUGAAGACAAGGUCAAACAGUUGAUUGAGGUAACUGGAAAGACUCAAGAUGAGUGCAUGGUCGCCCUCCAUGAUUUCAAUGGUGAUGUAAACAGAGCCAUCAACUUUCUGCUGGAGAGCACCUCUGACACAAACUCCUGGGAGACUGUUGGGAAGAAGCGCAACUUUGGAAAAGAAGGUGGACCCUCGGAGGUGAAGGAGAACAGAGAGAAAAAAGGCGAGAAGGAGGCCAGUCGUGGACGUGGCGGGUCCAACAGAAGGGGCAGAGGCAUUAGCCGAGGACGUGAAGGUCGGGUAGAGGAGAAUGGAUAUGAAGCGGCUAAUGGGGAGAGAGGAGGUGAUCGUGGACGCCGGGGGAGAGGCAGAGGGGCAGGAGUUCGUGGCAGAGGGAGAGCAGCUGCUGGUAACAGGUUCUCUUCGCAGGGAAUGGGCACCUUCAAUCCUGCUGAUUACACUGCUAACUCUGGAGCUCGCCAGGAGACGUGGGAUAAAGAUGGCAACGAAACUGCUGAGGGAACUGGAACAUGGGGAGGCAAUCUGGAAGACUGGACUUCAGAAGACUGGAAUGAGGAUUUGUCUGAAACCAAAGUAUUCACUGCCUCUUCAACAAAUCACAUCACACCUGGGCACAAUGUGGACCUGGCUGGCCUGCUUCCUAAGGCUGGAGUGGCUGGAGGGGCCUCAAUGGACUCGGACCUGGGAGCCAUUGUUGAUGGCCCUUCAACUGAGGACUUGGGCCAAAGCCUGGUGUUUACCAACUCCCACCACAAUGGGCGCACUGCAACACACAGCUACGCACACGCCACAGCCAACAGCUAUGCUCAUGCCGCCUCGGCGAGUACCACCUAUGCACAUGCUGCACUGUCUUCAGUCCUGGGUUCUGGAUUUGGUUCCCUGAAUGCACCAAAGCAGGCACCUGCCCAUGACAUCCGGACAUCAGAGCAACUCAACGGUCCACGGCUUGGUCAGAGAUCCAGUCAGAUGCUGGCUCCCACCAGCAGCAGUGCUGUUCCCAAAGACACAGGGCCAUCUGCAGUGCAAAGCCCUGCACCGGCCCCCUCUCCCUCUGCAGAAAUCAAAGCUCAAAGAGUGGAGAAUGGCAGCGUCACUGCUCCUCAUGCCGAGAUGAAGAUUCAGCCAGAACCAUCAGCAGUGCUCAGCCAGCUGGCUCAGAGGCAGUCCACCAUCCUUCCCACCACAGAGCCUCUGGUCCUGUCUCAGCCUCAUGCGCCACAAGUUCCCACACCCCCAGGUCAUGAGUCCUCUGUUUCUACUGCAAGAGAUGGAGCUUCUCCAGGAGUGAAGCUACCUGGCCUGGAGGCUUCCAUUGCAGAAGCACCUCAACGACAGCUCAAGACACAGAGACGCAGAGCACCUCCGCCCUCAAAGAUUCCCUCAUCGGCUGUGGAGAUGCCUGGUUCUGCUGAUAUUCCUGGUCUGAAUGUUCAGUUUGGCGCUCUUGACUUCGGGUCUGAGGCUGCCAGUUCCACGGUAGACAUGGCACAGACGGAGAUAGCCAGGGAGCAUACUCCGACUCCGACAGCUAUGCCUGUUCCUACUGUGGUUCCCACACAGCAGCCGCAGGCCAGCCUGUUCUCCAAGCCUGGCCCUGUGAGUGAACACAUCAGUCCCUUGCCAACCCUACCUUCGGCCGCAUCGGAUCCCAGUUUCCCUUCACCAUCUCUGGGCCUACCCAGUGCGACUCCCUCACCCUCCCUUGGUCUUCCAAGUGCAGCACCUCCACCCUCUUCUUCAGCCCCUACCGCAGCCAGUCGCGUGGAGAGCAGUGGCCCGAGGUCCCUGCCACCUCAUCUUGGCUUCUCUCAAAGCAAAGAUGUCCCCUCAGCUGCUGGUGGUCCUCUGACAAAUGGCUACAGUGGCAUGAAGACGCAGAGUCCACAGGACUCAACACCGUCAUCAACUCGAACAGUCAAGACGGAGUCCCCCAUUAUGACGACUGACAGCAGCUCUGGCCACCACAUCCCCUCCCCUGCAGUGACACCUUCCCACUCUGCUUCCAUGUCUUCGCUCAGCAGUCAUGUGAGCAGUACUCACUCAUCUGGAGCUCCCCUGACAACAAAUACAUCCCUGGGGAUUGGUAAUGAGGACAACAGCAGCAGUGGCGGCAGCAACAAUCUCCAUGCCUUUUCAUCAUCCUCGUCCAGCCAAGCCGUCAAUCCCACUCCUUCAGCUCCUUCAGCUCCUUCAGUUGUCAGCAGCUCGGCCACUAAUGGGCUCCACCCAUCUGGAGCACCAGGACUAACUGCGAACGGCACCAACACCACGCUCUCUGCUGCAAGCAGCCGCACAGCACCCCUGCUCACCACCACAUCCGGUAAAGCUCCUCCAAACCUGGCUCAAGGAGUGCCGCCUCUCCUUGCGAACCAGUACAUCAUGGGCCCUGGUGGCUUGCUCCCUGCUUACCCGCAAAUCUAUGGAUACGAGGACUUGCAGAUGCUGCAGUCACGACUUCCUUUGGACUACUAUGGUGUAACAUUCCCUGGUGCUACAGGUCCUAUGCCUGGAAGAGAUGGCCUGGCUAAUAAUCCGUAUUCUGGUGAGGCUACAAAGUUUGGCAGGAAUGAUUCUUCUUCACCAGCUCCCCCGACCAGCCUGUCCACCGCUGGUGUGCAGUCACAGGCCCAGCAGACCCCACAGACCGGGACCCAGGGUCAGGGCCAGGGCCAGGGUCAGGGUCAGCAGACACAGAACCAAGCCUUCCUCAACCCUCCUCUUCCUCCUGGCUACGGAUACACUGGUCUGCCAUAUUAUGCUGGUGUGCCUGGCGUUCCUUCACCCUUCCAGUAUGGCCCCACUGUCUUUGUGCCUCCUGCUUCAGCCAAACAGCCUGCGAUGGGCCUGGCCAACCCUUCAAAUCAGUACCACCAACAGCAUCAGCCCAGCUAUGGACAGCAUGCUUACGGCACAGCCUUUGAUGACCUGUCUCAAGCCCACGGUGGGGAUUACAAUAAGGCAGGGUACGGAGGCUCUGCCCAGUCGCAGGCCAAGUCAGCGGGCAGCGGCCCAGGGAAAGCGCCCGGACUGUCAGGAUCGGGCACCAGUGGUGGAGUACCUGACAUGGGAGGAUCCAUCUACAGCAAAACACAGUCGUUUGACAAGCAGGGCUUCCACACGGGAACACCGCCUCCUUUCAACCUGCCUUCAGCACUGGGGGGCACAGGGCCUCUGAACCCCGGGGGUGCACCUGGCUACGCCCCUGCUCAGUUCCUGCACAUCCUGCCUCCGCACCAACAGCCCCACUCCCAACUGCUGCACCAUCACCUCACACAGGACGGACAGGGUGGUCCUGGUCAGCGCAGUCAGUCCAGCGGCAUGCAGCAGAAAACCCAAGGCAGCAAGUCCAGCUAUGGCAGCUCUCCAUACUGGGCAAACUGAGGAAUGCAUCGUGUUCCCCUUAUUCCCCCCCCCCCCCCCCCCCCCCCCCCCCCAAAAUGGCUGUGUGCGUAUGUGCGUGCGUGUGUGUAAAGCUAAAACAAAAAGCAAACAGAAAGACACACUACCCUCACAAUGAGCAAUCACGGGCCUUCUCGCCCUGCUCCCCCCACCUCCAUAAGUCCUCAUAACUUUUGGGUUCUCUCUUCCCCCCCUUUUCACAAUUGGUUGUACAUGUAAGAUAUUUAUGUAUGUAUUUAUAUAUAAAUAUAUAUAUAUACUGUAUAUGUAAUAGUAGAUCAUGAAAUGUGGUUGCUGCAUUUUAUUUUUGAAGGACUUUUUGUUUACUUUUUUCAAAACUGCAGGAAAAGAUGUUACAUUCAGACAGAAUGAGAUGGUGAGAGAACGACUGGAGAUGACAAACGAUCAAAAACUUUCUGGAAGAAAAAGGAAAAGGAGAGAGCUACAGCACUGAUUGCAUAUGAGGACACUUAAGAAGGGGGUGGGGUUUAUAAUAACUAACUGCAUCUGUCUUUUUUUUUUUUUUAUACAUGAAUGGCCAGGCUCUUCCCCUUGAAUUCAUUUUGUAGCUUCCUGUCUUUUCCCUUCUGCCUCUCUUUUUCUCCGAGGGCUACCUGCUCUCACGUGUUGGCAACUUUUAAAAGACAGAUUUGCCCAUUUAAAUUUUAUAUUCUAAUUUAAUUUUAACCCUCAUUUCUCUCGAAAUAAAGUUCUGAGCAGUUGGA